AUGAAUGAAGGCGGCGAGAAUGAUUUUUUGAUAUGGGAAAAUGAUGAAGUGUGGUCAUUUUUGAACUCCGACAAUGGCCAACUAGAUGGGAGCAGUGUAGAAUUUGUGGGUGACAAGUUGCCAGAUCCGAAUAGGUCUAAUACUUGUCAGGCACUGACAACUGUUAAAGAGGUAGGUGAAGCGAGUCUUGAUGGCAAAAAAAAAUGUCGAUCCAAUGAAAAGAAGGGUACUAAUGAAAGUUGUGAACCAAAGUCAGGGGCGGAUGGAGAUGGAGGUAGAGAAUCAAGUCAUGAGCUGCACAUAAGGACGGAAAGAGAAAGAAGAAAGAGGAUGCGAAACAUGUUUGAGGAGCUUCAAACUUUGCUUCCUCAUCUUCAACCUAAG